AUGCUUGUGGCAGCCAACCCCGGUCUCUCCCAAGGCCAAAGCUCUGGGGCCCAGGCCAGGCUGUUCUCAGACUGUCCACUCAGUACUUUUGCUGAUAAGGGGCCGAGAAGCAGCCACCCAGACUCAGACCUCCUCACUCCCUCAGACCCAGACUCAGACCUCCUCACUCCCUCAGACCCAGACUCAGACCUCCUCACUCCCUCAGACCCAGACUCAGACCUCCUCACUCCCUCAGACCCAGACUCAGACCUCCUCACUCCCUCAGACCCAGACCUCACUCCCUCAGACCCAGACUCAGACCUCCUCACUCCCUCAGGCUCAGACCUCCUCACUCCCUCAGGCUCAGACCUCCUCACGCCCUCAGGCUCAGACCUCCUCACGCCCUCAGGCUCAGACCUCCUCACUCCCUCAGGCUCAGACCUCCUCACUCCCUCAGGCUCAGACCUCCUCACUCCCUCAGACCCAGACCUCCUCACUCCCUCAGGCUCAGACCUCCUCACUCCCUCAGGCUCAGACCUCCUCACUCCCUCAGGCUCAGACCUCCUCACUCCCUCAGGCUCAGACCUCCUCACUCCCUCAGGCUCAGACCUCCUCACUCCCUCAGACUCAGACCUCCUCACUCCCUCAGACUCAGACCUCCUCACUCCCUCAGACUCAGACCUCCUCACUCCCUCAGACUCAGACCUCCUCACUCCCUCAGACUCAGACCUCCUCACUCCCUCAGACUCAGACCUCCUCACUCCCUCAGACUCAGACCUCCUCACUCCCUCAGACUCAGACCUCCUCACUCCCUCAGACUCAGACCUCCUCACUCCCUCAGACUCAGACCUCCUCACUCCCUCAGACCCAGACCCAGACCUCCUCACUCCCUCAGACCCAGACUCAGACCUCCUCACUCCCUCAGACCCAGACCUCCUCACUCCCUCAGACCCAGACUCAGACCUCCUCACUCCCUCAGACUCAGACCUCCUCACUCCCUCAGACUCAGACCUCCUCACUCCCUCAGGCCCAGACUCAGACCUCCUCACUCCCUCAGACCCACAGACCCAGACCUCCUCACUCCCUCAGACCCACAGACCCAGACCUCCUCACUCCCUCAGACCCAGACUCAGACCUCCUCACUCCCUCAGACCCAGACUCAGACCUCCUCACUCCCUCAGACCCAGACUCAGACCUCCUCACUCCCUCAGACCCAGACUCAGACCUCCUCACUCCCUCAGACCCAGACUCAGACCUCCUCACUCCCUCAGACCCAGACUCAGACCUCCUCACUCCCUCAGACCCAGACUCAGACCUCCUCACUCCCUCAGGCCCAGACUCAGACCUCCUCACUCCCUCAGGCCCCAGACUCAGACCUCCUCACUCCCUCAGGCCCCAGACUCAGACCUCCUCACUCCCUCAGGCCCAGACUCAGACCUCCUCACUCCAAUCAGGACUAAACACUGA